UUGUAGGGGUCGGCGGAGGGAGCCCGGGAUGGAGCGGGUGCUGGACAGUAACGGUGGUGACAGCGCCCCCCGUGGUGCGGAGGAGACCCUGCGGGCGGCCAGCCCCGCCAACUGCUUCAUCUGCUCCGAGUGCGGCAUGACCUUCGACCUGUACAGCCGGCUGGAGUCGCACCUGGUGGUCCACCACGUUGGCCGUUCCUCCCCGGGCGAGGGGCCCUUCCGGUGCCCGGUCUGCGGCCGCUCUUUCAGCCGCCCGGGCUCCCUCCAGCGCCACGCGGUGACCCACACUGGAGCCACGCCAUACCAGUGCCACAAGGACUUUGGCCAACACAGGGAGGAGUGGCCCCUCCGGUGCGGCAUGUGCGACCGUGAGUUCCGGCACAGGUCGUCCCUCGGCAUCCACCGGCUCUUCCACGCGGCCGAGUGGAAACGCCAGCAAUACGAGGAGCAGUUGGUGACCACCGGCCUGUCAGUGAGCCCUGGGGAUCGCGGUGAGUUGGAGCGCCGCAGCCUGGGACGAGUGUGGGGGGCCACGGAAGCCCCGAAGCGGUUCACCUGCCCCGAGUGCGGCAAGGGCUUUGAGCAGAACUCCCGGCUGAAGCUGCACCAGCGGGUGCACACCGGUGAGCGACCCCUCACCUGCACCGACUGCGGCAAGGCCUUCAGCAACUCUUCCAACCUGCGCAAGCACCAGCGCACCCACACCGGCGAGAGACCCUUCCGCUGCCCGGCUUGCGGCAAGGAGUUCAGCCAGUCCUCCACCCUGGUGGCACACCGACGCACCCACACCGGUGAGAGACCUUUCCGCUGCCCGGUCUGCUCCAUGGACUUCAACAAACAGUGCAAUCUCCGCAAGCACCAGCGCACCCACACCGGCGAGAGACCCUUCCGCUGCCCGGUCUGCGGCAAGGGCUUCAUCGACCCGUCCAGCCUCCGCAACCACAAGGGCACGCACAUGGGCGAGAAACCCUACCAGUGCCCUGCCUGCCCCAAGGGCUUCAGCAACCCGUCCAGCCUCCGCAAGCACAGGAGGAUCCACGCCAGUGACACCGAGAGGGCGGCAGACGGGUGUUUCCCAAGGAGACUGUGCAGCUUUACACUUUUAGAAUUUGAAGUGGAAACAGUAGAAAUGAUAGGCCAUUUGGCUCCUUGACCCUGCUCUGCAGUUCAGUAAGGUCAUGGCUGAUAGUCAUUUUAACCUCUCUCAUGCAUUCUUUCCCCCUCCCUCUCACACACACUUUCCCUCUGUCUCGCACGUGCUCCCUCCCACUCUCUCGCGCAC